CUACUGUCAAUAAACGUCAAAAUUUCAGGUUAUGUAACUUAACAAAUUGUAAACAUCAAUGAAAAUACCGAAUUUACUGAAAAGCAUUCUACUAGGAAUACCAGUGGGUAUUACUUUGGUCGACGUGUGCGGAUAUGUAGCCCGCGUCGAUGGUAUAUCGAUGCAACCCGCUCUAAACCCGGACAAAAACCAAACUGAUUACGUGUUUUUGAAUCGAUGGGCUGUUAAAACGUACGACGUUAAAAGAGGCGACAUAAUUUCGCUGAUAUCGCCGAAAGACCCCGGACAGAAGAUAAUCAAGAGAGUGGUGGGGGUGCAAGGUGACGUGAUUGCCACUUUGGGUUACAAGAAGGACGUGGUUAGGGUUCCUGAGGGUCACUGCUGGAUAGAGGGAGACCAUACGGGUCAUUCCAUGGACUCUAACAACUUCGGGCCGGUUUCAUUGGGUUUGAUUACCGCUAAAGCGUCGUGCAUUGUGUGGCCCCCAAAUCGCUGGCAGUUUAUUGAGCCUCUAUUGCCUGAAACUAGGGAACCUUUGAACUUGUCAGUUAAUAGUUAUAUGAAUGUUUUUUAGUAAGGUUUUUUUAGUUAAAUUUACUUAGUUAAAAUGAGGGCCAUAUCUUUAGUGAAUAGGAUUGAGUUUGAGUUUACUGGUAAUGUUGUCAGAAAUGCUUUGUGUUUGGGGGAUAUUGAUAACGAUGGCUGCAUUGAGUUAAUCAUUGGGAAUGAAACAGGGGAUAUUGCUAUAUUUAAGGGAAAGGAUAAAGUUCAAGUCAUAUCAAAACAUACUCUCAUAUGUUGUGUAGCUGUCGGAGACAUUUUAAACCAAAACAAAAACAGUUUGGUGGUUAUAACAGCUGAUGGUUGGUGUUAUAUUUAUGAAGUUCCUACUAAAGACCUAAGUGAAUCUAAUAAUGAAGAUUUUGAUGAGGUUGAUGGUCAAAUGCACUCCAGCAGCAACACUGACGCCCCAGCGAGCAGUAGCGAAAGCACCAACACCCAAAAAUCCACCAAAAAUGUGGAAUCCCCCGAUAAAAUGCAAGUUGUUUGUAUUCACGUUCAAAGAAUACCGGCAAACGUAAAAAACAUUUUGCUGGGCGACAUCGACGGCGAUGGUGCGGUCGAAAUGGUGCUCGGCCUCACCGACAGGGUUGUCAGAUCGUACAAGUGGAUGGGAAACACUCACAAGCCCGCCAACCUGACGGAAGCUAAUUUGCCUAUCGAGCCAACUGACAAGCUUUUGGGAAAAUUUGUGGCAAUGAACAAAUGGGAAUGCGCAAACCAAAUAGGUUCCAUAACGCUACACCACACCUGGGAUGGCUUACCUUCGCUUUUGAUAGCGCAACCUGGCGGAACUUUUAUGCGAAUCAAAUGUUUUACCGACGAUAUUUCGGCUCAGCCUUCGGUUAACUCCGAUCUUAGCAACUCUAACAGUUCUCAAGGUGAAUCAGGCAUACCUGGAUCAGUUGAUUAUCAAUUCUUGGGUUUGACUCGAAUGAGAAAUCAAAAUAUUUCGACGGAAAUUUUAGGCGACUUCAAAAAUUCUCAUCGCAAAGACUCUGGUAAAGGAAAACCAUACGCUGUUGCCACAUUGGACGGCACCAUAAUGCUCGUACAAGACGAAGUGAUCCUCUGGGCGUUCGCGGUAGAUCACCAAAUUUUCGCCCUGACGAAACUUGACAUCACCGGAAACGGCUCCGACGACAUUGUUGCCUGUUGUUGGGACGGUCAGACCUACAUUUUGGAUCAGGACAAAAACGUCAUAAGUUUUCCUCUGGACGAGCCUGUGCAGGCUUUUGAGAGUGGGUAUUAUCAUUUGAAGGGCAAUGAUGAGCCUGUAACGUGUUUUGUUUACGUCACCUUCAAGAAUACUAUAAUAUUAUAUUAUGACAUACCAAUAAAGGACAUAAUGUGCAAAAAGUUUGAGCCAAAUGUGGAAAAACUCAGUGAACUUUUUAUUGAGGAAAAAGGUUCAAAAGAAAAUGCAGAGGAACAUAUAAAAUCUUUGGACAAAAAAACUAGAAAAGAACUUGUUGAAUAUUUGUUAUAUAAUGUUAAGUCUUAAACAAAUUUAUACAGUAACGUUUUUAUUUGAAUUUUUUGGGAUUGUAUACAAAACAAAUAAAUUGUUUUACAUAAAACAUGGA